GAGGGGGAACCCGCUCUCUCCGUGCUGAGAAAGAGCAGGAGUUAGAGGCUGGGAAGAGUGUUAAGUCCAUUCCAGAGGGAUGUAACCGAAUGAGAGAGGGAGAGACAGGUAAAGAGAGGAGAGACAGAGAGAGAAAGAGGCAGGGAAAGAGAAAGAAGAAGAAGAAGAAAAAAGAAUGAGCAGGAUAUGAAGAGGACAUCAUCGGAAGGAUUGCAUUGCACUGAUGAUCAGAACAGGGGUAUUUCCAAGGAGCAUCUAAAAGUGAAGAGCUCUAAGAUAUGAUCCAGCCAGAUCUUACAGUGGGGUGACAGUACUAUGAUUUGGUAUGUGGCCACUUUGCUAGCGGGUGUAAUCAGCACUAGAGGAUCGGCAGCUCAAGGUGCUCGCAGUGCAAGGGAGGAGCCCCAGUUUGUGACUGCCCGUGCUGGUGACAGCGUGAUUCUAGGAUGUGAUGUUGUGCACCCAGUGACAGGGCAGCAGCCCCCUUAUGUGGUAGAGUGGUUUAAGUUUGGAGUUCCCAUCCCAAUAUUCAUCAAGUUUGGCUUCUAUCCUCCUCAUGUGGACCCCGAAUAUGCAGGUCGGGCCAGUCUAUAUGACAAGGCUUCAUUGCGAAUUGACCAGCUCCGCUCAGAGGACCAGGGAUGGUACGAAUGUAAGGUGCUUAUGUUGGACCAGCAAUACGACACAUUCCACAAUGGCAGCUGGGUAUAUAUCACAGUAAAUGCUCCCCCUACAUUCACGGAAACGCCUCCCAUCUAUGUGAAAGCCAAGGAAGGAAGCAGCAUCACCCUCACGUGCACAGCGUUUGGGAACCCCAAGCCUGUCGUAAGCUGGCUGCGAGACAAUGUACUGCUUGAGAACAACCGGAAGUACACGGUGAGUAAUGGAAGUCUUACCAUUUCAUUGGUGGGCCGGAGCGAUCGUGGGCCCUAUACCUGCCGGGCUUACAGUAUUCAGGGAGAGGCUGUCCACACAUCUCGCUUGGUGGUUCAAGGUCCGCCUUUUAUCAUUUCUCCACCAGAAAAUAUAACAGUGAACAUAUCUCAAGAUGCCUUCUUCACCUGCCAAGCAGAAGCAUGUCCUGAAAACCUAACUUACACCUGGCUCUGGGAGGAUGAAAAUGUCUUCUUUAAGAGUGACCUGAAUCUGAGAGUGCGGAUUUUUGUUGAUGGAAUGUUGAUCAUCUUCCGAGUCAAGCCCGAGGAUGCUGGGAAGUAUACCUGUGUACCUAGUAACAGCUUUGGGCAUUCUCCUUCAGCCUCAAGUUACUUGACAGUUCAGUAUCCAGCACGAGUUGUCAACAUGCCUCCUGUCAUUUAUCUGCCCGUUGGAAUGCCUGGAUAUAUCAGGUGCCCAGUGGAUGCAGAUCCUCCAGCGACCCAAGUCAAGUGGACCAAAGAUGGACGGCCACUGAGGAUUGAAAAGUUUCGUGGUUGGAAUUUGCUGAAUGAUGGGACCAUUGCACUGGAUGAAUCCACGGAAGAAGCUCUUGGCACUUAUACCUGCAUGCCUUACAAUGCUCUAGGUACCAUGGGACAAUCUAGCCCUGCUCGACUGGUGCUUAAGGAUCCCCCUUACUUUACGGUGCUACCAGGCUGGGAAUAUCGGCAGGAAGUAGGCCGAGAACUGGUCAUUCCAUGUGCUGCUGCAGGUGAUCCAUUCCCUGUAAUCUCCUGGAGGAAGGUAGGGAAGCCCAGUAAAAGCAAGCACAACAUCCUUCCAAGCGGCAGCCUACAAUUCAAAGCUCUCAGCAAAGAGGACCACGGACAAUGGGAAUGUGUUGCCACGAAUGUGGUCACAAGCAUCACUGCCAGCGCACAUCUGACUGUAAUCGGCACAAGUCCACAUGCUCCAACCAAUGUUCGAGUCACAGCCGCAAUGACCUCUGCUAAUGCCUCGUGGGACCCAGGUUAUGAUGGUGGAUAUGAGCAGACAUUCACAGUCUGGUAUGGCCCUGUGGUAAAGAGGGCUAUGCUGGGACCCCAUGACUGGAUUUCGUUGCCUGUAUCCACGGGCCUUACCUGGUUAUUGGUGGAGGGCCUGGAGGCUGAGACUGCAUAUCAGUUCAGUGUGCUAGCACAGAAUAAACUUGGCACAGGGCCCUUCAGUGAAGUCGUCACUGUGAACACACUGGCUUUCCCUGUUACCACCCGAGAACCACUGGUGCUGCUUUCUCCACCAAGGUGCCUAACAGCCAAUCGAACACACCAAGGAGUAUUGCUGUCUUGGCUUUCACCAGCCAACCAUAGCUAUCCAAUCAGCCAUUAUGUCAUGGAGUUCCGCCUGGGAGAGAGGUGGGAGAUCUUAGAUGAAGCAAUACCAGGGACUGAAACCGAACUGCUGACCAAGGAGUUAUCUCUGGACUCCUGGUAUGAAUUUCGUGCAAUGGCUGUCAUGCAGGACCUGAUCAGUGAACCAAGUAAUAUCGUUGGGGUUUCUAGUUCAGACAUCUUUUCACCACCUGACGUGCCAGAGGAAGGCCUAGCCCGUCCUGUUGUGGCUGGGAUUGUCGCCACCAUCUGCUUCCUGGCAGCAGCCAUUUUGUUCAGUACUCUGGCUGCUUGCUUUGUGAACAGGCAGCGGAAGCGGAAAAAUAAGAGGAGGAGGGAUCCUCCUCUCUCAAUAACACACUGCCGAAAGAGUGUGGAAUCCCCAUCCUCCUCAGGAAAGGUGAGUCCUGAAAGCGUCAGGACACUCCGAGCUCCGUCAGACUCCUCUGAAGAUGCUCAAGCCAUACAUGCCAAGAUGAUGAGUCCUGGCAGGGAAAGGGAACUGUCCCUGUACAAAAAGACAAAGCGGGCAAUAACCAGCAAGAAGUACAGUGUCUCCAAGCAUGAGGCUGAGGCUGAUGUCACAACCCCUAUCGAACUCAUCAGCAGAGGCCCUGACGGACGAUUCAUUAUGGAUCCCACAGAGAUGGAAACAUCGUUGAAGACGAGGAGGAUUGAGGGCUUUCCCUUUGCAGAAGAGACAGAAACUUAUCCUGAAUUCCGGCAGUCCGACGAGGAAAACAAUGAGACGCUUACUCCUACUGCCAUUAUGAGCUUGAAGUCUCAGCUUUCACCUCUUUCAUCUAGUCAAGAGUCAUACUUACAGCCACCAGCAUACAGUCCAUCGUUCCAGAAAGAAGACGAAAGCAUGGGAGGCUUAGAUGCCAGACUACAGGCCACCGGCCAGGCCAGGCGACCGGCAAAACGUUACUCUCAGAGCCAGUUUUAUGGCUAUCUCAGCAGUAGCUCAGCAGACCAAGAUGGUCAGCCAUUUUACAUGCCAGAUAUCAGUCCCCUCAGUUCAGUGAUGUCUUCACCUCUAUUACUUGCUGAAGGACCAUACGGUCACCCCACCCUCCCUGCAGAUCACGGAGAUUCUGAAGGACAGCAGUUGGUCACUUCCAGUAGCACCCUGCCUUUGACUCACACUCCAAGCACUAUGCGGUCUCCAGAGCAAUGGAGAAGGAAGAAGUUGUCGAUAAGCAGCAUUGAAAGCUCUCCGGUCAUGUUCUCGCACCAUCAAGAAACCCCCGAGAGUACACUGCCAAAGGCUGGUCUUCCAAGGGGCGGCCCCCCUUCCUCACUCCAGGUCUCAGCACCCUACCACAGUGUGCUGCAACUGGAGGUACCAAAGAGUCAGACUGGCAAAGCUCCCAGCAAAAGUAAAGGAUCUGCCUCUCUCUCUCAAAAAUACCCACAUCAACCUAUGCAACAGACCAGCCACGGGCAGCUAAAGCAUACCAGCCAUGGUAUAAGUGCACCCACAUUGCCUUACACUGAAUCAGCCAAACAGGCUGGUCCCAGUGGUACAAGCACAUUCAGUCUGGACACCAGGUGGUACGAACCAAGACCCAGGCCCAGACCCAGCCCUAAGCAAGGCAGAAGGACUGAGGCCAGUUUACACCAGGUGGUUCUGCAGCCUUCCCGGCUCUCCCCUUUGAGUCAGAGUCCUCUGAGUUCCCGUCACGCAUCCCCAGAGAUCUCAUCCCGUCCACGGCCUCGGCCCAGUGUAAUGCAGCCCUCCCGCGACAUCUUCCCUGCAGGUAUCUCUGUGGAGAUGUCCGAAAUUACCCUUCAGCCUCCUGCUGUCGUUAGCUUAUCCAGAAGGUCCUCUCCGUCCUCCUCACCAGCACAAAGCAGCACUGCUGGCCAGGGCAGCAGACGAGGAAGCCCCAGUUAUAGACCUCAAAUGGCACUGACACCUUCGACAGGCAGCUACACAGGAUCCCUUUCUCCUGCAACAGGGCACAGCGAGUUUUAUAGUCAGAUUCCUUCCCAAAGGAGGAGAGAUGAAGACAGUCCUCCUUUUGAACACCCACCUUCACACUUAUCUACUUCAGGGUAGGUAUUUGAAAAAAAAUGUUGAAGUUGAUCAGUUGGAAAGCCAGAUUGAUUUCUUCCACUAAGUAUUAUUGAUGUAUUGUGGAGUUCCUAUGGUCCAAGAUAGUUGCCUCUGUCUAUCAAGUGUGUAUAAAUCUUGUCAGUGCUGCGCAUUCAUAACAUCGAGCUGGGGAGGGAAACAACCUCUAAAAAUAGACUAGAUGUCACAACUACAUAACGUUCUAAAUAUGGAUAAAGAUCUAAUACAACUGUAAAUCAUCAGAAUGCUAAUUGUGGUCAAAUUCUUGGGCAAAAGUCACAUGUGAUAUAUGUCAGGAUUUGAAAUGAUUAGUGAAAGAAAUUGUUAUACAGAUAUUAUAAUUGACAACCUGAAACAGCGUCUGGUGUUUACAUUGCUAACAGACAAGAUAUUGCCAUCACUGAUGAAGUAACGGGGCUUGCCACUGGUUUCAAAGAAACCUGAACACAGCUGUUUAGGAAUCUCUGUGGCAUGAAUUGCACCAAUGCUGGCAUCAGUUGCUGUUAGACAUCACCUCUAGGGGAGCUGAGGUGUCUGUCAAUAGUGUUGACAUCACUGAACAGUCAAUUACAUUUUUGAAGCCUGAUACAACAAACUAGGAAGUGGAUAAAACAUAUGCCAAGAAAUUCAGCCCUGGAGAUUAGCCCCAAAUGCACCAUAUAGUAAUAUGAUGCACUGCAUCCUGCCUCAAAAUUCAUUUGAUUGAACCAAUGUAAUUGAAUUUCAGAGGCAGGAUGUACCACGUAACUUCUCCUAUAUGGUAUAUUUCACUAUGCAGAUUGGGGAUGAGUUUCUUGGCAAUAACAUCUGAUUAACUUUUAACCUCCCAUGCAACAUUCCAAAUUUUAUCUUACUCUCUACCAAAGGUUAAGGUAAAAGCUAAAACAUCAUAAACUUCUUUAAAGUUUUUUGUUAUAAUUUUAAAUAGGUUUGCAAUUUUACUUGAGUAAGUGACAUGCCAUACAAAAUGAUAGUUUUUUUUUCUGUAGGGGUAUUUAACAGCAGUUACAGAAUUAAAACUCAGUUCCAUCUCAUGCAGCAGGGGCACAUCAUCUUCAGCAUUUUUCACAAUGGAAAUAGGAAAUAUCAUCAAAAUAAUGCAGGAUGGAGGAGGAUCAGGGAAUCAGUUAAAGCUGUUUCGGAUUUUCUCCAGUGCUGUCGUAUUUCCUCCAUUCAUGUAUUCUGGCCUGUUAUGAUUGCCCAGAUAUUGUAGCAUUAAUUGCACGUAGGCCCUAUGCAAUUUCAUGUUCACCAAAACCAUCAUAAGUGGUAGGUCACCAUCAACGUAUUUUGAUUAUAGUCUGUUUUUGCCUUUUCGCGAGUGUUAGCGAUCCUGGAAAUUAUUGUUUGCCAUAUUGACUCAAGGACGUCAUACUGUAUAUCCUCAGAUGACUUCCACCAUUUGCCAUUUUAACCGAGGCAAUAAUCCAUUUCUUUUAAAUCAUUUGGCAACAGUGGACAUACAAGUUUCAUGUAAAGACCUUAAGCAUUUGUGUACCAAUGUGCAGAGAGACAUUCCUAAACUACUGAUAAUUUCAACAUGCCUAAUCUAUGUACGAUAUGAUAUGGCUUCUUGCAGGAGGUUAAAUUAUUCAUGAAUCUUGUUUUGUAAAUGGAUGUAUAUUUGCAAGGGAAUCGAUGACUAAAUUGUAUCCAGAAGCUAAUGCAACACUUUCUCACAAAAUAAUUGGAAAUAAAGCAAAUUUUCUCCUCAUGCUAUCCUAAACAAUUAGAGAUAUCCUUUUAGAGUGAAACUUGACAUUUUUGUUCUUCAAUGAAUCUUAAGGUAUCUUUAUGUGUAAUUAAAAAUGUAGAUCCAAAUUCCUUCUGUUCCCAUUUCUAGCACUGUAAGAAUAUUCAGAUCUGAACUUAUAGAGGUGCGGUUGGAGGCUUUGAUAACACAUCCCAGUGUUACCAUUCAAUCAGAUGGUCCAUGUUUCAUUUGGUACCCAUUGUUCACAUGUAUCUGGCCUGUUCGAGCACUUGCAAAUUUCAACCAAGCAUUUUCAUCAAGAGAGGAAAUAAAUGAUAUGAUCAGAACUUCUUCAUUGCCCAUCGAUUACUUGUUGGUUGCCUAGAAAGUACAAUUCCUGUGUUCAUAGUAUUAUAAGAGCUGAGAUAAUCUAAAGAAGAUCUAGAAAAGGAGAAGUGAGUGCCAAGAUAGCCAAAGCCUGACCGUAUUGACCACGUGCCAGAAUACCAACUAGUCACUUGAGUUUGCAAAUAUAUAUUUAUGGGAGGAAUUCAUUUGAGUAGCCAACAUUCUGAUGAUCUAAUGGCUGCAGAAGACCUUGCUGCAAUAUCUGAGCUAACUACUCAGAUGAUCACUUCUUAGAAUCCUUCCUCUAUGCUACAACUUUCUGCUUUAUCCCUCAGUCUGGACCAUUAACCCUGGUCCUGCAUGUGCUUGCAAACUUCACUUAAUAUUACAUAGAAGGAGAGGUAGUCAUGGUUUUCACUCAGUUAUGUGUAUGUUAGGCUUAUCACAAAGCAGAAAAUGUCAGAAUACAUCUAGAGGACAGGUAAAAUAAAUACUCUCCUUAUAUGGCAGAUCUAUUGAUCAGAAGGACAGAACUAAAAACCUGGCUUUUUUUUACCAGCACGAAAGGCUGUUAUGAAUCUGAGUUGAUUCAGACAAUUUCCUGUAAAUUGUACCCAUCUCCUUCAAAGUGGAGUGGCUAACUAACAUAGAUUCCCUGAUGUAAUUUUCUAAACAAUGCUGUGAAAAUUUGAAUAAAAUAUAGUGCUGCAAAUCUGCAACUGUAUGUGCUGUGUUAUCUCACACUGGCAUGAACCCAGUCCUGAUAUAGUUAUGUGUUUAUAUGGAGAUGUAUAUAUGUACCUUUUUCUAUUUUAAAAUUUCAGAAAGUUUCUUGCAACUGGAAAAUGCACAUGCAAGAUAUCAUCUGAUUUCUCAAUGAUUUCGUAUCGAAAGAAAGAAAGCAAAGUGCAGUUUAGUACCAGAGCUUUUCAUGGGCUGGCUUGAUUUUCAAUCUAGACGUACAAAAAUUGAAUAAUUAAGACUAAGAUGGCAUGUGUACCGAGGAAAUGAGUAGGGGAUUAUCUAAAUGGCCAGAUUAACUAUUCUGUUAAAUGUUUACAAUAUGUAGAUUUAGUGUCAAGAUCUCUUCAAUUUCAUAUCAAUUUGUGCAUUUGCUGUGCAGAUUCCAAUGUUAAGGUCAAUUCAUAACUUCCACCCUGCUUAUUGUUCACUCUUCCUUAAAGAAAUCAAAAAUAUACUGUAUUUCUAUAUCACAGAAUUAGUCAAUAAACUUUA